ACUUUAAAGAAGAGGCUAUGUUCAGCUUCUUCCGAAAAACCCAAGAUUCAAAGAAGGUUGUGGUGCCAGAGAGAGAAGCAGAUGGAUUUGUUAUCGUGGGUGACACAGUUGAUGAUCAAAGUAGAGAGUCAAAGGAUAAAACAUUGUUUCCAGAGACCAGACCAGCGCCCAAUAAACCUCCACAGGCAGGCACGGGGCACCGAGCGCAGCUGAGCGUAUCAGGCGCAGAGGUGGGGAAUGGAAGGGGUCCCGGCGUGGACGGCAGCCCUUUCAUGUCAGACCUCCUGAGCGACGUCCCCUUUGCCCUGGCACCGCACGUGUUAGCGGUGCAGGGCGCCCGUCGUGACGUGCCCGACCGGCUGCUCACCUACGACAUCAACGAUAAUUUAUCAAGGUUUUGGUACGACUUUACACUCGAGAAUUCGGUGCUCUGUGAUCCCUGAUGUUUUCUUUAGUUUUUCCUGUCUGUGUCCAAGUCCUAAUGUGAAGGUAACGAUGUGUUUUUAACAGCUUAAUAUUUGGGGGAUCUGCCACUGGUGCAUCAGACGCAUUAAUUCAAAGGGUUGUUAUUUGGUACCGUGUUGUAUUUCUUAGUUUUAUCUGAAGUGUAUCUUACUAUGUUCAGUAUAAUGUUAAUCUGCAAAGAAAUCAAGCAGAGCUUUGUUUCAGCCCGAGUGCAAGACCUGCUGUCAGUACCAGUUCCAGUAGGUAGCCUGUAGACUCAACAUUUCAUAACUCCAGAAGGAAGCCUCCGCACUUCUGCAUUGUUAGAUGCUUUAUGGUGAUACGACAGACAUAGAUCUAGUUAUGCACGUUUAUUAUCUUUGAUUUUCUACAGAGAGAAGCCCAAUACUAGCGCUAAGUAGCACUGCUUCAUACUAUUGGGCUGAUGUAUUUCCAGUCAAACUGAGUUUUAAAACUCAUGUUUAAUUAUGUGUGCUUACAAAAUUAUAUAAAUAUUUAAUUAUGUGUGCUUACAACAUUAUAUGAAUAUUUAAUAGGAGUGAUUAGACUUACCAAUUUCAAAGUGGGAAUUGGCUGCCUCAGUCCUUUUCCAGUAGAUGUUCUGUCCAUCUCAUUUUGUCAUUUUGUGCCUCUCCUGCUGUCUUAAGAAGCUCUUUCUGGCUGCCUGUUGGUUGCUGUUUGUUCUCAUUUCCACAUGUGUUCCUGAUUUAUACACAGAUCAGCUUUUCCAUUUUAACCUCUUUGCCCCCUGAAGAAGGAAAUCUCAGGACACGUACUUUUAAUGGUCACACCCUUCUUUUUUUAAUUUGUGUGCCAGAGAUACAGAUGGCAAUGUUUAACAACAGGAAAACAUGACAUUGUUUCUUAUCCAGCUAAAUUAAACAGCUAAGUACCUAAACAUGCAUUCGCGCUGACCACUGGGUUGCCUGCACACGAGCUUCAAGCCCCUAAUGUUUUUUCCAGCUAGAACCCAAGUUCUCACUGAUUUAACAUCAAGAUUUGUUUGAAUAAUGAUCUGUGUCACACAAAAGAUCACACUUGUUUCUUCUCGGGGUAGAAUAUUUAUAUUAUGCCAAAUGUUAGUGGAUAUUUCAUAUGUUUUCUAUGACCAGUGAUGGCUUUAAAAUAUUUAUAUUUUCAGACAUAUGUACAUUGAAAGCGUUUGAGGUAAAUGCUGUAAAUGAUGGAGAAGAUACCUUGUGAAUAUGU